AUGAAUCCAAUAAUUAUUGCUGUAUUCUGUGGAUUUUUUAUACUAACUUGCAAGGGUUAUUUAAACAUACAGCAGCAAUUUGUUUUGGAUUUUUUUCGGCAAGAAAAAUGCGACAUUUUCAAUAUUUUUGGCUGCCUAACUAAAAAAGAACGCUUUGAUUUCACUAGAAAUGGUUCGAAUAGGGUAAAUUUUAUAAAAUCAGUGAAAACCUUGAAAGAAAUUGACAAGAUAAGUUGGUUGGUUGCAGAUGAGAUUGAUUGUGAUAUAAAUUUGUAUUUAAAAGAGAUAAACGAUUAUGGCAUGUUUCGAUUAAAAUUCAAACAUUUGAUAAUAACAACACCAAAAAACCAAGAAUCUUUAUUACGACAAUUAAAAGUUUAUCAAAUUUUACCAAUGAGCGAAGUAAUUGUUGCUGCGAUCAACACAAGCAGCAAAACUGCGGCUUUAAUUGACAUUUAUAAAGUUGCUAAUCAGGCUGAAUUUGUAAAAAAACAUUAUAACGCUUGGACUGUAAGUGAAGGCCUUCAACCCAUUAAGAAAACGUCAAUUUCCUAUACCCGACGCAAUUUGAAGGGGCGAAGCUUUAAAUUUGCUGCAGUAAUUUUUGGAGAUAAAACUAUUAUAAACCACAAUUUGGAUGAUAUAAUUCUCAAUGCCACAAUGCAAAUUAUAGUUUAUGAUAAUCAUGGUUAUGGUAAAUUCAAUAAAACUACUAAUAAAUUUAAUCUGGAAGGUAUGAUGAAAGAUUUGGCUGAAGGGAACGUCGAUUUAUCAGCUCCAAUGUAUCUAACGUCAGAACGGAUUGAAUUCUGUCAUGCUCUAGCGCCCCUAGAUUUUUCAGGAUUACAAUUUUUUCUCAAAAAGCCCUCCUUGAGUUACGUUAAAAAUAUCUACGUCGUAACCUUAUCGAACUCGGUGUUGAUUGUUACCUUUUUAAUAACGAUUCUAUUCAUGGCCUUUUUGUAUGUCAGCUUGAAUUGGGAGAGACGUUCCACAGAAAAUAUGGACAAAAACUCUCAAAAAGUAACCAUCAGUGACAUGGUCCUUCUUUCAAUUGAAGCAAUCAGUCAACAAGGGACAGAAACUAUUUCGCAAAAAAUAACAGGCAGAUUUUUACUGUUCCUACUUUUAUUAAUGUUUAUGUUCGUUUAUGUUGCUUAUUCCGCUGGUCUUCUGGUGCUCUUACAAACCACAAGCAACAUUAACAAUUUAAACGACUUAAUGGAAAGUCGUUUCGUGGUUGGAGGCUUCAAAUCACGUUACGUCAAAUACUUUUUCCAGAGUCCUAAAAGUGGUAUUUUACGUAAAUUUUAUUUGAAAAAAAUCAGGCCUGACAGUUAUUUUGAAGAGACGGAAGGAUUGGAAAAAGUGCAACGAGGCAAUUUUGCAUUUUUCGCUCAAACUGCCCCUGCCUAUAAGUAUUUUUUGCGUAACUUUACCAACUACGAUAUUUGCUCGUUACAAGAAAUACCGGGAUUCAUGGAAUUCAAAUUGUACUUGUCGGUACCGAAAUCGUCUGGAUAUAGCAACAUUUUAAAACCUUGGUUAUUGGUUCAACGUGAACGUGGCCUAAACGAGAGAUUAAAAAGACGCACAUUGAUUAAGCCAAAGUGCAACAAUCAAGCUGGUAAUUUUCAAUCUGUAAGGAUUUUGGAUUGUGCGCAAGUUUUGCUGUUCUUUGUUUAUGGAUUCAUAAUGGCGCUUGUUAUAUUUUUUGUAGAGAUAAUUGUAGCACGUAAAACUAAAAAACAAACAAACAAUAAUUAACUUUUGCACUGGAUUAUAAUGGAUGAAUAUUUAAUUAGUAUUUAUUAUAUUUUGUGAUAUAGAUAUUUAUAAACCAACAAAUAAUUAAUUAGUGCACUAUGGUAUAAAUUAUAAUUAAAUAAACGCAUUGUAACAA